AUGUCGUCGUACACGGACGACGCCUUCGAAUGCGAGUCGCCGCACGCCAUUCUAUCGAGCGGCCGCGGACUGGAGCAGCGCUACGACCCGCAGAUGGCGCACACCAGUGGCAGCUCGCGACUGGAAAGCGUGCGCGGAAGCGACGAGAAUUCCAGUGGAGAAGCGUACGAGAAACUGGCCCAGCCUCGACCGGAGAUCGUUCUACGCUGGAAACGCUUCGCCGGGCUCGUAGUGCUCGUGGCUGCCGUCAUGUCCGCGAUCGCGGCGUGGCUGCGCGAGGGGUUCGUGGUGGACAAAAACGUCCCAGUGAGCGAGGCCGAGGACAAGACCGACCGUGUCAACUCGUACAUUGGGCUCACGAUGGGCUUUGUUGAGUCCAUUGUUGGUCUAGGCGUGGAAGAGAUCUUUCCCGUGUUUGUUGUGUACCUGCACAACUUAAAAUGGUAUCCAGGAGACGACCCCGCGACCAAGAAGCAGAGCAAGCUCAAGAAGUUUGCGCUGACGAUCUUCAUUCCUGCAGUGAUGAUGGCGGUGGGCAGCUCGCUGUCGGCAGUGCAGGCCAACCAGAAAAAUGACAAUGCAGGAGACACUUUCGCUGCGACAACUGAAUCGGCCACGACGAGGUUUCGGAGCGUUACUGAGCUGAAAGGUGACGGGCUAGGCGACACUAUCUUGAAAACGGCGUUGGCCCGAAAAGUGGAGCCUAUGCAACCGCUGGAAGCGUCCGUGUGCAGCAAUAAUGGCACAAGCUUGUUUCCAGCUGAAUCGCUGCUUGCGGCCGCCCCCAAAGCUAUUUUCGGAUUUCCUUUGCCCGAUUGGGGCGCUGAUUUUGCCAACGGGUGGUUGCAUCGAGAAUCUGUGAAGCAUCGCGAGAGUUCGCAUUCGGAUGUGGACGAACAUUUGCCGCAGGAUGACGUCAUGUCACUUGCUACAGCCCACGCACUCUGGGUGCGCGGUAGAGCGGUCGUGCUAACGAGUAUCCGGGAUGACAGCACGCCUCGAGCAAGCAGUACGCCAUCGAGCAUGGAUGAGCUAAAAGCUGAUAUGUUGAGCUUUCUUCUCGACACGAAACUACCCCUGGCCGAUGCUGCUACUGUUGACGCCUCGUUUGAAUCGAUGAAAGUAAGUUCUACAAUCGACUUGGAUGCCAUGGUCCUAACGGUACCGAUACGCAGUCCAGUCAAUGCCUCUGUCGUUUGUGGCGAAAGCAGUUGUGCGUGGCUGCAUCCACAGUUGGACAGUAAUUGGCGACUACCGCGCAAGCAGAUCGGAAUCACACAGAUGAAGGAAAAUUGCCCGCUAUCAGGAGAAUGUGACAGUGCACCCAGCGUCGCAUUGUUGUAUGGGCUCAACACUAUGACUCGCGUUGAAAGCGAGCGGGCUGCUCCUACUAGUUUAUUGGUCUUGUCGUUUGCGCGACUGUCAUGGCGCUUUGAAAGCGCUGCACAUGCACAUGAGUGCGAGUUAGGAGCGGAUCGGGAUGAACGAUGCCAAGUGCUCCGUUACCAGCUUGGUGGCAACGACCGUCAUUUGGUACAAUCGAAGCAGUGGUUUUCAACUCAACUUCAAACCAGUUUGGCUUCACCCAUCUCGCUCGUACAGCUGGUGGAACCAAAGACUAGACAAGUGAAUGCCGAGUCGUCGUCAUUUGUGAAGCUGGGGCAUCUGGAAUCAUGGCCUUUGGCUAGCACUCAUGAUUGCGACAGAGCCGUUGACACGUAUCUUCAGUACGUGAACAGCAACCAUUUGUACAUGGGCGACGAUAUGGUGGAAACGAUGGCGGCGUCCGCACUGCUUUUUAUUUUCCAGAACGCGCGAAUUAUAGAUGGCGCACUGAGCGCGGGAAUCGUGACGGCCCGACGACGUCUCGUUGACACGGCAGAUCGUCGUGUUAAGAUCUUUUUGACGAAUACUAGAGUGGGCAACGUAUGCACGUGGACAGGCUGCGGAGUACUGUUGUUGCUGACAGUUUUGGUUCUCGUUUUGCCAAACGAGCGCGCUCGACUUGCACCACCACGAGGAGGCAAUGCACGUGCUGAGAGGUUUGUGGCCGUACAGACGGAGCAGAUAUACCCCAAUCUUAUCUAUAAGAAACGCUUUCUGAUCGGCAAAACUGGCGAAGAGAUAAAGUUUAAUGAGUUCGCUGUCGAAACUGUCGGGCUGCACCACGAGAUGGAAGAGGACGAGCAAAUCUACAUCUGA